UCCACAAAAUUCUGCAGGAGAUCGAAUGCUCAACCGAAGUUACAGAUUGGAUAAUCAGCUUUCUAAGUCGUCGAAUACUCGUAAUGGGAGAUGAUUCACUCGAAAUAUACAAUGGACUACCCCAAGGCAGUUGUUUAAGUCCUCUUCUUUUCAACAUAUACACUUUGGGCUUACACGGAAUUUCCAACAUCAACACUUAUCUUUUUCAAUUUGCGGAUGACUUUAUUUUGUUAUCUGCUCACAAAGACUUUGAUUCGGCAAAUUUAAAUCUACAACAAAAAGCCAUCGAGUUUCACAACUUACUCUCACGACUUAAUCUAAAAUACAAUGCUGAGAAAACAGCCGUCAUGUACGUAGCCAAAGGUCCAAAAAAAGUUCCAUACAUCAGACUAAAAGGCACACAAAUCACUCCAGUUAACAGCAUAAAAUUUCUGGGAAGGCACAUUAAAAACAGUUUAUCUCUGAAAGAGCAUUAUGACGAAGUAAUUUCCUCCUGUACAACGUCAAUUAACGCACUAAAAAUGAUCAACAACAACAAACACGGCCUGCUCCCAAAUAUUUCAAUUAAUCUAGCAAAAUCACUAGUUUUUUCUAAAACUGAAUAUUGCAUUUCAUCAAUGGCCCAUAUGCCUGUAUAUCUAAAUAAGAAACUCACCACCUUUCAAAAUCAAUUAUUAAGAAGGAAUCUUGGCCUAACACCAUCUACUCCUACACACACAAUUUAUGCCUUAGCACUUAUGUUGCCACCCGAGCAACGAAGUCAAUACUUAACUGCAAAAGAAUUAAUAAAAUUUAAAUGUCACAAUCCUCAACUGUACAACAGUAUAACCAGAAACUCCACAAACAAAACGAGCUUGGGACUAAUUUACAGCAAGUUUAAACAUAUUUUUGAUGAAAUUGUGGUCAACAAAGCAGAAUAUCCCAGGAAAAAUAUCACCUUUUUUAUGAAUUUAUUCAAUUCUUCCAAAAAUGCACAACCCAAUGAAUACUUUAGAGCAAUUUUGCAGGAAAAACUUCAAAAACUAAUAAGCACAGGUCAUUCCAUUUGGGCAACAGACGCUUCUGUUUCUAUUAAUGAGACCGGAUGUGCAGUGUGCAAUAUCACCAAGGACGAAAAUUUUCUGUUUAAAAUAUCAAGAAAAAUGUCAUCGCUGAUGGGUGAAUUACAUGCAAUAAACAAAGCGAUUGAUAUAAUGAUUGAAGACAAAGUCAAUAAGGCAACCAUUCUAACUGACAGCAAGAAUGCGUGUCAAAUUCUCAAAAACAAUUCGGUACAAAACUACCUAGCCAAUGAUAUUAUCAAAAAAGUCAACAAUAGUAAAAUAUCUAUACUCACCUUUAUUUGGACUCCUUCACAUAUUGGUAUUCCUGCUAAUGAAAGGGCAGACUUCUUUGCAAAAUGCGCAGCUCAAGUCGGGGCAUCCAUAACCACUAAGCUGGCCAUAAAGGAUGGCUAUUCAUUAGUUUAUCAACACCUAUGGAGAGAAUGGAACGAAAAUUACAAAAAUAUCAGCACAAGAAAAGGCACAUACUUCUCCCAAUUUUUUCCUGAACUGCCAACUCGUCACUGGUUUACUGGCACUAACCUCACUCCUGUUUUUAAUAAAGGCUGAAAAUUCCAACAUAUGCGAAAUCUGCAAUAUGCCAAACACCGACAAUCAGCAAAUCUUUGUAUGUCC